AUGCCCAGACCGGGCCAGCAGGCCUACAGGGCAAAGAGGAAACUCGCCAACGACGCAGCGGCCUCCCCCAACCCGUCAAACCACAACGGAGACGACGACGAGGAAGGCGGCAACAGUGGGCCGUUCGGCCAGGCGCUCCCAAUCGCGGACCUGCCGGACGACUUUGACGGCGAAGUGCUCGAUGGCGCAACAUACUUAGCUGUUGCAAACCGCGAGGCAUCAAAGCUACCAUUCUACAAGCGCGUUGCUCCGCCGCGCGGCGCGACGGAGGAGCCGGCGAGCACGAAUGCGAGCGCUGGCCCGUCAUCGUCAGCCCGCCCCAAGGGGCGCCACCCUGCGCUGCCGCGCGAGUCGUGGGAAGUGACCUUCGCCGCGCACUUCACGGCGUACCGGGACAACCUGCAGCGCCGCUGGCCGCCGAGCCCCAAACUCCCUUAUCCGCCUAGCUACCCGCCGAUCCCCAAGGCCGCCGAGGUCACCGAGUGGAUGGGCUACAUCAACGGGUACAGACAGCGCGGGUCGAAGAAGUGGGGCGACCCCGACGUGUCGCGCUGGGGCGGGGAGGGUCGACGCGUCGACGACCACAAGGCGGCAAGUGGCGGCGAUGAAGAGGAUGAGGAGGAGGCACAGAACAACGCGGUUGCCACGCCGUCUGAAGAGGACGAGGUCAAUGGAGCUACCGACGAGCAGAUGGCUGUCGACGACGAGGAAGCGUUUAUGAACGCUCCACCCCCACCGGCGUCCACGACACCAGAGUACCCCGAUCCCAACGACCCCGCCGAGGUCGAGCGCAUCCGUCCGCGCGAGCCAUUGGUCUGCAUCGUGCAGUUCCUCGACACUCACACAAUCCUCAGCGUUAUCAAGCACCUGACGCGCUGGAUGACCGACUUUGUGUCUCGUCUCCCUGCAGAAAGAGGCGCGCCGUCGGCCAGUCCGCUCCCAGCUCGCUGGGCGCGCUGGGCGUUUGCGCUGCUCGCCGUGCUCGACCCCCACUUGUCCCGCGACGAGAUCUCGAUCCUGCGCGACUUUGCGCGCGCGUGUGCGGCCGUCGCGAGCUGGCGCUGGCGUCGAGCGCUCGCCCAUCCGGGCGAGCUGCCCAUCAUCCCCGUGUACAUGGGCUUCUCGCCUGACGAGCCCGCACCACAGCAGGCGGACAAGGACGAAGCGGCGGAGAAGACGGCCGCGCUGACCCGUGGCGAGACGGGUAACGGCGACGAUGAGGACGCGGCGCCGGGCUGGCGACUCGGCGCGCGCUGGAAACGUAUCCGCGACGUCCGCCCCCGCUCCGAGACCAACCCCGCGCCUGAGAGCGCCGAGGCCGGCCACGACGAGGGCGCGGUCGACGAGACGCUCGCACGGGCAUGGAUCGCCGCGUACGCUGUGGUCGCGGGCUGGGCGCAGUGGGACCUGCUUGACGACUUCAAGCGCGACUUUGCCAAGCUCGCUAGGGCUUAA